AUGUCAAAGCCGAUCACGGAGCAGCAAGUGGUGGCCACGUACAAAAGUCUGCGGGCGGACGUGCGGCAGCUGGGCGAGAAAAUCGCGGAGCUCGAGGCCGAGACAAUCGAGCACGAGCGAGUGAUCCAGACGCUCAAGGAGCUGCCGAAGGACCGCAAAGCUUAUCGCAUGGUGGGCGGCGUGCUGGUGGAGCGGACGGUCGAGGAGGUCCUGCCAGCUGUCACGUCCAAUCGCGACGGCAUUGCGCAAGUGCUGGCGCAGCUGAACGACAGCAUCAAACAGAAGGAGACGGCGGCCGACGAGUGGCAGCGGAAGUACAACAUCCAGGUGCAGCAGUGA